UAAAAAUAUUGUAGUUUUGGUGAUGAUAAUAAUUUUGAUUUGGCGUUUUUAGAUAUUUCGUUGGCCGUCGUUGAAAUCUCUCUGAUUUUCGUUCUUCUUCAAAAUACACAAUCCCGACUCUCUCUCCAAUUGAAAAUUUUCUUCCAUUUUCACAAUGGUUCGAUUCGUCGCCGCUUUUCAUCUCCUAGUACUCAUUGGCUUUCUUUCUUCUAGAUCGGAAUCUCUUCGAUUCGACUUGCAGUCCGGCCAUACCAAAUGCAUCUCUGAGGACAUUAAGCAGAACGCCAUGACCGUCGGCAAGUAUCACGUUGUUAAUCCCAACGAAGGCCAGCCCUUGACUGAUGAACGCAAGCUCAUUGUUCGGGUGACUUCGGCAACUGGGAAUACCUAUCACUAUUCCGACAAGGUGGAGUCGGGGCAGUUUGGGUUUGUUGCUGCGGAGGCGGGUGAUUUCAUGGCCUGUUUUUGGGCUCCUGAUCACCAGCCUAUAGUGACAUUAUCGGUGGAUUUCGAUUGGAGGACGGGUGUGGCUGCUAAGGACUGGUCCAAUGUUGCCAAGAAGGGCUCUGUCGAAGUUAUGGAAUUGGAGCUGCAGAAGUUGUUUGAAACCGCCAAUUCUAUUCAAGAAGAGAUGUAUUAUCUCCGUGAAAGGGAGGAAGAGAUGCAAGAUCUGAACAAAAGUACAAACACAAAGAUGGCAUGGUUGAGUUUGCUCUCCCUUUUUGUUUGCUUAUCAGUGGCGGGAUUGCAAAUAUGGCACUUGAAGACCUUUUUUGAGAAAAAAAAGCUCAUUUGAUUUUUUCUUUAUUCAAACUCAGUAAUCUCUUUCUUUCUUGUAAACUAUCAUAACCAAAUGAGCCUCUUCUUCAGUGUAGAUUAGUUUUUGGUUUUCUUUUUUCACAUAAACUUAGGGAUAAGAACUAUAGCCUCUCUAAAUCAACUUUUACAUUCAGCAAGUAAUUUUACACAAAUUUCACUUUUCUUUCAUGAAAAA